AUGAAGUCUACUAUCAUCCUCGCUUUGGCUAGUAUUGCCAUUGCGGCUCCCACCCGCACCAUUGAGAACCGCCAGCUGCCCAGUUUCGGUUCUAGCAGUGCUACCGGCAGUGGAUUGGAUGCGUGGAAGUCGCUCAUCCCAGGACUCUCGGGGUCUGGCGGCUCCGACAGCUCGUCGGGCAGUGGAUUCAGUAUCCCCGGCUUGGGAUCUUCAACCGAGAAUGGUGUGACCAAGAAUGAGGGCUGCAAGGAAUUCACGUUCAUCUUUGCACGCGGAACUACCGAGAUGGGUAAUAUGGGCUCGGUCGUUGGACCACCCGUCGCCACGCAGUUGAAGUCACUGACCGGCGACAAGGUCACCGUGCAGGGCGUGACAUACCCGGCAGAUGCAGCGGGCAACGCACUGAUGGGUGCAAGCGGCGGCCCCGUGAUGGCCAAGCUCGUCGAUCAGGCUCUUAGCCAGUGCCCUAAGACCAAGAUCUUGCUAGGCGGAUACUCGCAGGGUGCGAUGGUCGUUCACAAUGCUGCCAAGAGCCUCACUGCAGGCCAGAUUGCUGCUGCGGUUCUUUUCGGUGACCCUUUGAAAACCCAGUCUGUCGGUAAACUUGCCAGCGAUAAAGUUAAGGAAUUCUGUCACCUUGGUGACCCCGUCUGCUUGAACGGGGCAAAUGCGAUGGCGCAUAUCACUUAUGGAACUGAUGCCGAGGCGGCUGCGAAGUUUUUGGUUGAAGCUGCUGGAGUUUCCACUUCUUCGUAG